CGACGAGAAGUCGGAGAGAAUACGGGUCAGCCGCCAUCGCCUGUUCGCACACACUAACCUCUGCAGACUUUACUUUUACUUUCGCUUCGUAUCAGUCGGGGCGCUUCCUUGAAGAAUCAGCAAAACACGGGACCUUCCCAGCUUAUUCGCGUCAUCUUCUUGAGGAAGUAUGGCCACGCUCGACUUUUCUCUGGUUCGCUCUUCUCUUGCUGUUGUGGAGAGCUGUGGAAGCGAACUGUGUGACAUCCUGCAAAGCAAAUUCCAGUGUGUCACCACCAUUCAGGGGGUCAACAAUGCUCUCCCAGAUAAGAGGUUCACUGCAACACUUCCCAAUGGUGUUGUGGUUUCGGUGUGGAAAGUGGAUCUCACCAAGUUCCAGGCGGAUGCUGUUGUAAAUGCCUCCAAUGUACACCUUCAACAUGGGGGUGGCCUGGCUUUGGCUCUUGCCAAUGCCGGCGGCCCUCAAGUCCCACGGGAGAGCAAAGAAUACAUCCGGAAAAACGGUCCACUUCAGACAGGAGAUGCAGUGGUCACUGGCGCUGGAUGGUUGAAAUACAAGAAGAUCAUCCAUGCGGUCGGGCCUCAGUUGCCAAGCCGUCCCUCCCAGUAUGACCUGAAGCAGGCGGAGAUCACUCUGGAGAAGGCUGUUUGGAAGAUCCUUGACCGAGUAGAAGAAUAUCACCUUCAGUCUGUCGCCAUUCCUGCCAUCAGCUCCGGCAUCUUCUGCUUUCCUCUGCGCGAGUGUGCAAACACAAUCGUGUCCGCAGUGGGCAGCUACUACAAAACCUUCACAAAGCCAGCGCAUGUCCCAAAUGAGAUCAUGCUUGCUAACAUUGAGGAGGCAACGGUGGCUGAGAUGGUUAGGGCCUGUCAGAAGUUCCUAUCCCCCGAUACGCCACCGUCAUACAGCCAGGUAGCUUCAGGAACAAGUGCUGCUGAAGCUGCAGCUGUGACUGCCCGAGUUGAACAUGCCACUUUGACUCUUGUGAAGGGCCACAUCGAGGAUCAGAAGACAGAUGUUGUCAUCAACAUCAUUACACGGAAGUCAAGACAGGCCCUGCCUGCUCUCUCUCGCAGUUUCCUUCUUAAAGCUGGUGACAUUGUGCAAAAGGAAUUUAAACAGACAUACAAAGGAGAUCGAGUCACCUGCACGGAUUCUGGCCAGCUACCAUGCAAAAAGCUCUUCCAUGUCACCUGGUUUAAAGACGACACGAUCCAGGUGCUCUUCGACUCAGUGACGGACUGCCUCAUGAUGGCUGUAAGGAAGAAACACACCACCGUCUCCAUCCCAGCUCUUUUUGAGGAUCACCAUAGAGUGGACGAUGAGAAAGUGGCCGGGGCCCUCAUCAAUGCAGCCUUAUGUUGUGCAAGGGACAGUGGGGCCACUUUGGAAGUCUGUUUUGUCGUUCACCCACAGGCCGUCAAUAUGUUUCAGAUUUUUCAGAAACGAAUGCAAGUUCUCCGUCAGCCUUCCGCCCUGCCAAACACCUCAGACGAUUGGAGGCACCAACACAGCAGAACCACCAUCCCCAGACUCAGCCUGGCUGGAGAGUCUGAGGAGGCCAUGCGCGAGGCCAAGCACUGGCUGAUCCGAACACUGGGCAGCUCCUCUGGAGUCGUGAUCAUCUGCAACAACUUCCUGCAGCAUCUGGGCCGAACACAGUGCCGGUGGUUGUCCGACCUCUCCAGAAGAGACCUUUCAGUGGAAGAAUUUUGGGAGAACGGUCACUCCAGCGUAGAGGUACGUGGCGAUCCGGUCCAAGCUGCCGUGGCGGGAAUCAAGGUGGAAGCGCUGGUCUGCAAGGUGCUGAAGGCAUUCGUGGAGGAAGAGGAGAAGGAGCUGUCUCAGCACCAGAACGUGCUCUUUAAGAAAACAGUGUUCGAUCACCACGCGGCCACCUUUCCUCAGAAGCUGUCAGACUUCAGCAGUGUCGGUCUUCAAGUGGUCAAGGUGGAGAAAGUGGAGAACAACGCUCUGAGUGAGAUGUUCGAGCUCAAGAAAAAGCAGCUGAAGGUCUUCACUCCUCGCCGGAUGUUCCAGCGCCUCCCUGCACACUUCUGCAACGUCGUCUGCCAUGUUGGCUUUCACUCAGAGUGUGCGCCACCUUAUGAGCCAGCUUUGGGAGAGGGAAUCUACUUCACCGGCACUGUGGAGGAAGCGAUGACGGUGUGGAAAGGCCCGACGGAAGAGUAUCUGUACUUUGUGGAAGCAGAGGUUCUGACGGGGAAGUCCACCCUCGGGGCUCCAGGGCUUAUUCUGCCACCUGCUGACCCCUCAGAUCCUCAGGUUCUGUAUCACAGCGUGCAUGGGGGGAAUGAUAUUUCUGUCAUUUUCAAUGGCCACCAAGCUCUACCCAAGUACAUCUUCACCUGUCACAGGAGCAUUGGAAUCUGAGACCUUAGGAAAAUAGUGGGAAAAAUAGAUCAGUAUUGCAAAGCAAUACCAUAUAAACCAAAGCGUGUUGAAGGAAUGAAUUUGUUGUUAGAGCACUGACACCAUGAGGGGCAAUAUUGGGAAUAUAAAAGAUAUUGCUGAAAUUAACGGACAAGUCUGUAAACAGUUUGAAAUGACAGAAGAAGAGUUAAACUUGUUGUUUAGAAGAGAAAAAGCAUGAUUUGAAUCCACGAUGCAGUAGGUCCUCAUCAUGAUGAUGCUCUGUUGUGAAGCUAUUGGCUUAAAAAACAUCUGAAAUCUCUGCAAAUUAGUGGUUAAGAGAGCAAAGUGCAAUGUGAUGUUGCGCUUGACUUUAAUUCCAGCACAGCUGUGAACCCCUCCACCUCCUAAUUCAGAGCAAACAGAAACACCCUGCUGUGUUCAAUGGGGUCCGACAUUGUUUUGAUAGACACUGGCAGACUUGGUGGGAAAUACCAAGUAAAUGCUAAAGCAGUUUGAUAGCCUUGGUUAUAAAAUGUUUUUUUCCCACUUGGUGCACUUCAAAAACAAACACUAAAUGAGAUGACGACAGCACUCGUGGUCCUCAGAGAAAGUCAUGUGACAACCUUUAUUUUUACAAACACACGCAGCUACAAACACAUGUAAAAACUUGAAGUCAAGCAAUUCUAUUCUGUUUACCCUGUAGCUUAGUAACAUCUUUUAUGCAGUUUGUAAAACAAGUACAUGUAGUAGUAAUGUGCCAUAUUAUGGAGCAAAAAGAUCUCAAAUGGUGAGUGGUGCACCUGACAAGUAGAGGCCCCAGGAGCAGGCUCAAAACAGGGAACCCCCAGCACUCUCCAUCAUGAAGCACACGAGUAGAACUAUGACUCAACUCUGGUUCCUUGUUGAACGCAGCAGUGUGUAAUACAGCAGAGGCUCCGGAGCAACUGACAUUAGUUCUGGAUCAUUCGCGAGCGAUUUCUUUUAAGCAGCUUUGAACAUAUUAGAGACGGACACACACGAUUGUCAGUGAAACUACUACAGCCGUGAAGACACAGUGAGACGACCUGAUCGUUCCUGAGCAGUGGACUAGUGAUACAUUCAUCUGUAGUUGACGGUUCAAAACUCCCGCUGAGACCUUCUGCUGGCUUGUUUCAAGAUGAGGACGGCGCCACAUAAAUCAAGUAGGCUGAUCACGGACGAUACGAAACAUGGCACAUCUGGGACUCCAUGGUGGUUAUUACGUAAACACAGUCAUGGAAAUAGACUUCACUGCUUGUAAACACACAAGUCCCUUUUAAUUGCUUGAAUUAUGGCUUCUUUCACACAUAAAUGAUAGUAGUAGGAGUCAGGAGUGUUUUUACGGUACGUAGUGAAAACAAUGUAUUCUGAAGGAUUCUUGAGUUAUGAAUUUAGUUUUGCUCACCGUCACAUUUUUGCCGCACAAGUGUAUCUUGUAUUUUGAGUGUUCAACAUCUACAGUGUUUGGGUGUAAAACAUAAUCGCACAGGAGGUCAAAAAGUCAUGCCCUGAACAAAAUUGAUAUACUUUUAGUUAGUUAUGGGUGGAUGAGGUAUCAUGAGACAGUAUUACAAGGUUGAUGAAACAGCGUCCUUAUUUUCAGAGGCCACUAGAUGGUGCUAUUGGUUGAGAAAUGAUGUGAGGUUUCACUGAAUUAGUUGUUGAAGUCCUAACAGUAUACAGCAGACAGUGCCACCUGGUGGCCUCUGAAAGUCAGGACACUGUGUCAUGAAACCUCAUCAACUCUCCAAACCUUUUGUGCAUCAAGUGUUCAAUUUUCUGGUUGAAUUGUUUUAAUCUCUGUCAGAGGACAUUCGUAUUUUUAUAGAUGUGCAUUGGGUGAUUUUAACUAUGCGUAUGAUUUUGAUUUCGCCUGGGGUUUUGCACUCCAAAGUAAACAUUCCACAUUGAAGACAUUUGAGUUUUAAGUGUCAGAUUUGCAUUUUAGAUUUUGUAGAUCUCACAUCAAUAACCUCUCGAAACCUUGCCUCUGUGACCUCAUAUACAGAGUUCAGUGGUAGGGUUUCAUUGAAGUAGAUUGUAGAACAGAGUGCGCUAGUGGCCACAACUACUGAUGAUGAUGAUGAUGAUGAUGGCCAUAACACACUUAACUGACAGCUGUAGAUGAUUUAAUUUCAGUAUAUUACUCAGACAGGUGUUAAACUGCUGUUCUUUCAUCCUACCAUUGUCAUGUCAUUGCAUGUUGUUUGUUGUUUGUUGUUUCUCUACAGUAGUUAAAUAAAUGCUUUCCUUCAUAUCACUAAAUAUGAUGUUGACUAUCUUUAAUUAAUUGACCUCCAAAAACUCAAAAAAAAAAUGAGCUUAUAAACUGAAAUACUUAGAAAAAAAUGAAGCUACAAAUUGAGACAGUUGAUUGAAAUAACUUUUAAACUUUGAGUCCAAAUGUUAUUGUUGCUGUGUGAUGUCAGAGAGUGAGGCGGUUUCAAAAUGUAAAACUAUUAUUAUUUAUAUUUUUUUACGAUUUAUAUUUAUUAUUUAUAUUAUUAUUAUUAUUUAAGGAAAAGCUGGAGAGUCCUUAUUAUUGUGUAU